GUGCCGAGCCGUUGCCUUAUCACACUCUUCCCACUUGACAACUUCCAGCCGCGCUCAGCCUCCUUGCUACAUUAAGGAAACGUCUUACUUGGCGAUACCCACUCACUAAGUCCCCCUUCACUCGCCGUACGCAGUAUCAUCCCCGAGAAACCAUCCGGCCAUGUCCGACCCAAGUAUCCCUCUCGCGUGUCAGAACCUCCUCCACGAUUGGGCCACCUCCAUAGAUACAAAGUCCUGGGCCCGUAUGCCGGCCAUUUUCGCGCCCACGAUCGACGUGGACUACUCGGCCCUCGGCCAACCAAAGGCCACCGCAGUUCAGCCCUCCGUGUAUAUUAGCCAAUUCUCCGAUCCCAACCAAUUGGGAAACCCCGAUAUCCAGUCGCACCAUUUAGUCGGCGCGUGCAAAUGGACGCGGGAGUCGGAAUCACGCGCAAGCGUCGACUUUCAGAUCAUGACGGUUCUUCGGAGAGCUCCUCGAGACGGGAAUGCGGCAGUGCUGGCGACUGGCCACGGAGUUAACACGAUGGAGUUUACGCAGGUGGAUGGAGAGUGGAAGAUCGCAGCACUUAAGGUCGAGGUUCUCUGGAUCGAUGGUGAUUUCGCGGCGAUUUUUGCGCCUGACGUUUGAUUUAUUCUGUUGGAACGGGAACUGCUGUUGUUGGCAAGGCCAAGGCAGACGCUGCGAUGUGAAAAUCCCAUCCAUAUCUUCGCUAGCUACACAUGCACUUGGUGGUCGGACCAGGACACUAAAUCCUUCGCAUCACCACCUAAAUGCUCCCUUUCCUGGCACGUACCGGGUGGUCAGGUUCAGCUGGGUUUAGACCAGAAUACCAAUACAUCCCAGCCUUGUGUAUAGUGGGGGCUACAACUAGUUAAGCAGCCAAGAUGACCCACUAAAAGAGGGGUUAAAGAGAAGAGAGAUACCCCCAUGAAAGCCAACUGACAUCUGUUUGCUCUUUCGCGCUGACUAGCCGCCUGGAUUAUCUACCAAUUAUCCGCAAAUCCGCGAUUCGUUAAUCCGGAUCAGCCCCCAAAAACCUUUAAUUGGCACCCGCACCCCAGCGGAUUCCGGUCGGGUAUUUCGCAACAGCCAAGAAUACGGUGGCGGAGU